AUGAAGAAAAGUGUGAAGUGUUUGAAAAGAUCAACAUGCAAUCGUCUGCUUUCAAAGAUUUGUUCAAAUUCAACAUUUCCAAAUGUUGCCGAAAUUAAUACAAACCAAUUAAAGAGCAAAACUACAAAAGUAAGUAGUAAUGAAGAAUUAGAUAAAGCAGUAUUUAUAUGGUUUCAACAAAUCCGUGAUAGAGGGGAUUCAAUUUCAGGACCCAUUCUAAAAGAAAAAGCUAUUCUUUUGAGCAAACAACUUGAUCCCAAUUCUACCUUCAAAGCAAGUGAGGGUUGGAUGCACCGUUUUAAAAAGCGACACGGAAUAAAAUAUUGCGAAAUGAAGGGCGAAAAACUAUCAAAUAACCCUGAAAAUGCGAAUGAAUUCGCAUUAUAUCUUCAAGAAAGAAUUGAUAGAGAAAAAUUGUCUUUAGAUAAUAUAUAUAAUGCAGAUGAAACAGGAAUGUUUUGGCGAUCUUUGCCGUCUAAAACUUUGGCCUUUAAUACCGAAACUGAAGUUUCAGGACGAAAGGAACACAAAGAACGUGUCACUGCUCUCUUUUGUUCCAACGCUAGCGGUAAUCACCAAAUUCCCUUACUAGUUAUCGGAAAAUCUUGCACACCAAGAUGUUUAAAGAGUUUGAUUAAUCCAGAAAUGAAAAAUAGUCGACUAAAAAAUCUUGAUAGUCUCGGGGUGAUAUACACUCAUCAAAACAAUUCCUGGAUGAACAAGGAAAUAUUUAUGUUGUGGUACAAAGAAAUAUUUAUACCCAAUGUUUUAAAUCACCAAAAAGAGACAGGUGUGACGGGAAUCGUUACAUUGUUAUUAGACAAUGCUCCAGCGCAUCCAAGUUUGAGUGAAUUAAAUGCCGUAAAUGAGAACUUUAAGGUUCAAUUUUUACCACCUAACGUCACUGCGAUAAUCCAACCCAUGGAUCAGGUAUGGAGAGCAAUUUUAGGUGAUGAGCUUAUAAAUGAUCAACCCGAUUCUGACAUUGAAGCCUUCAAUAAUAAUGAAGAGGUAGAGACUUCAACAAAUUCUACUGAAGAGUCGUCGAAUUUCCUCGAACAAUUUGGUGAUACAAUUGUAAAUUUUUUCCAAAAUGAGUCAAAUUUCUCAGUAAUAGAGUCCAGAAAACAUCUUUUGACUUGGUUAAAUAAUGAAGAAAAAAAUGAUUCUGGAUGGGAACUGAUGUCGGACGAAAAUAUUAUAAGUUUUGUCACCGCUGGAAAAGUAGUCCCAACAUCUGUUAACGAAAUAGAAGAGGCGAAUGAAAGCACUGUCAAUUUGGAGAAAGAAAAUAUUUUACCAUCACAAGUUCUUGAAAGUCUUAGGAUUGUGGAAACGAAUACUAAGUGUAGUUAA